GUGCGAUCAUCUCCGUGCUCCAGAGCUCAGUGUCUUUACCCUCUUCUGUCAGUCGCGCGCAAGCGGGACAGUGGCGGCUUUGCGCGCCAAAAUUCAACGGCAUAUUGAACGCAGAGAAAAACGCGGGAUAUAUUUUUUACGUAAAGGUUUUAAUAUUGCAUUGUGUACUGAAGAGAAUCAGCCGCCCCCUUCAUCCGGAAGAGAGAUGCGCCCGAGAAGAAGAAGGAGCGCGUGACACCGUCCCGAGAGCGAGCGGAGGGAAGAGGCUCCCCGGCGCGCGGACACCCUGCGGUAGAAUGUAGCGGGAAUCUCCUCGAGCCGGCGCGUGGACGGAAGCCUCCUGGUCCCGGGGACGAGGACUGACGGCAGCGCGUGGCUCCGGCACAGGUCGGGUGCAGGUUCGGCUCGGCGCGGCGCAGCGCGGUCUCGCGGCUGGAGCGGCUCGCGGAGCGCCGGUAAACUGGCGGGAAACGGAGGAGACGGGCGCGAAACGACGAAGAGGAACCAGGAAACAGAGAUAAUGAGUCUCUUCCUGCAGGACGGUGUGCUGAGAGCUUCCUGCCAUUGGCUGUGAGCCAGGGUGCGUGUGGACGGGCCAUGGGGAUGUGUUCAGCCUGAGGGGGCUUCAUCGGGACAUGGAGACGGACGGCUACGGCCAGCGCCCAGAGACCAGUGAUGGGCUGGGGAGGGUGGCCGCAGGGGCAGGGCCGACGGGCUCGGGUGGGGCCGGCCUGGACACGGGGUGGUACCUGCCUUACCCCAUCAGCUUCCAGGUGUCACUCACCAGUUUCCUCAUGCUGGAGCUCGUGCUGGGCUUUAGCAGCAACCUGACCGUGCUGGUUCUGUACUGUUCCCAGUCCAACCUGGUCGACUCGGUCAGCAACAUGGUGACGGUGAACCUGCACGUGCUGGACAUCAUCGUGUGCGUGCUGUGCCUGCCGCUCACCGUUGUGGUGCUACUUUUGCCCGUGGGCCGCAACCUGGCGUUGCUCUGUUGCUUCCACGAGGCGUGCGUCACAUUUGCCAGCGUGGCCACGGCCAUCAACGUGCUGCUCAUCAGCGUUGACCGCUACGACAUCUCGGUGCGCCCCGCCAGCCGGCUGCUGACCCCACGCCGCGCCGCCCUGCUGCUGGCCGCCGUGUGGACCGUUUCCCUUGGCGUCUUCUUCCUUCCCUUCCUGGAGGUGGAGCUCCUCUCGGCGCCAGCAGAGGGGGAGGAACAGGGGGGCAAUGAGGGUGUGUUGGAGAGCCCUGCGCCUGUCGUGCCACCCUCUGCGUGGCGCAAUCGGACGCUGCUGUGCGUGGGCGGACAGGGCUACCACACAGAGCUGGCCGGGUACUACCACCUCCUGCUGCAGGUGCCUGUCUUCUUCACCACAGUCGUGGUCAUGCUGGCCACCUACUCCCGGAUCCUGCGUGCCCUCAAUAUCCGCAUCGGCUCCCACAUGCGGAAAAGCCAGCGCGCCAAGGGUCCCGCCUGUAGGGGGCGACGACGCAAGAGCCGAGGUCCUGGAGGUGCCCAGAGGGCUGAGUCUUCUGGGCAGACGCGAUGCCUCACCCAGCCGCCCCUCAUCCCCUCGGCCACACCCACAGCAACGUCGCCUCCGCCCCUGUCUUCGGCACCACUGAUAGGGGUUGACGGUGCCGCGGGCCCUGUCCCGGCCACCGUCGGGGUGCAUGCCUCCGUGUCGGCCAUCAUCGCACUGCGACGAGCCGUGAGGAGGCAUCGAGACAGGCGGGAAAGGCAGCGGCGCGUCUUCCGUAUGUCGCUCAUCAUCAUCUCCACCUUCCUGGGCUGCUGGGCACCCAUCUCCGUGGUGAAUGUGCUCAUCCUGGGCCUGGGUCCGAGCGACCGGCUGGUGCGGCUGCGUCUCUGCUUCCUGGCCAUGGCAUACGGCACCACCAUCUUCCACCCGCUGUUGUACGCCUUCACGCGGCAGAAGCUGCGGCGGGCCCUGCGUGCCAGGGUGAAGAAGCGCGUCGUGUCACUGCUGCAGGUUGACCCUGCCCCCAGUGGCACCGUCAUCCACAACUCGUGGGUGGAGCCGCGCAAGGGACGCAAACAGAGGCAGGAGGGCAGUGACGCCACGGACCGUUGCCUCACAGAUGCCGUGCGGGAGUGAGGUCCCACCGUGGCUGUUCAGCUGCUCGCACCAACGUGGCUCUGAAACUCCUCCCCCUCGGGGACUCGACCACCC